CGCCGCACCGAGCCGGCACUCCCGCCAGGUGCCUCCGCCGCAGGCCGCCGAGAUGCCCCGCGCGCCCCGGCUCCUGCCUCUGUGGCUCUGCGCCGCUGCGCUCUGCGCCCCACCGGCCGCCCCCCCGCCCCGCCCGCGGCCCGGCUGCCCGGCCCCCUGCCGCUGCCGCGAGGCGGGCAUCCUGCUGUGGGUGGACUGCUCCGAGCGGGGGCUGUCCACGGUGCCGGCGGGCCUGGACCCCCUGACCGCCUACCUAGACCUGAGCAUGAACAACCUCACAGAGCUCUGGCCUGGCGUCUUCCACCACCUGCGCUUCCUGGAGGAGCUGCGCCUCUCCGGGAACCGCCUCGCGCACAUCCCGGGACAAGCGUUCUCUGGCCUCGGCAGCCUGAAAAUCCUGAUGCUGCAAAACAACCGGCUGGGAGGGAUCCCCGCGGAGGCGCUGUGGGAGCUGCCAGGCCUGCAGUCUCUGCGCCUGGAUGCCAACCUCAUCUCCCUGGUCCCGGACAGGAGCUUCGAGGGGCUGACCUCCCUCCGCCACCUGUGGCUGGACGACAACGCCCUCACCGAGAUCCCCGUCAGGGCCCUCGGCCACCUGCGCGCCCUGCAGGCUGUGACCCUGGCCCUGAACCGCAUCGGCCGCGUCCCCGACUACGCCUUCUGGAACCUGUCCAGCCUCGUGGUGCUGCAUCUCCAUAACAACCGCAUCCGGCAUCUGGGGGCGCACAGCUUCGAGGGGCUGCAGAACCUGGAGACCCUAGACCUGAACUACAACCAGCUGCACGAGUUCCCCGUGGCCAUCCGGACGCUGGGCCGCCUGCAGGAACUGGGUUUCCAUAACAACAACAUCAGGGCCAUCCCAGAGAAGGCCUUCCUGGGGAACCCUCUGCUGCAGACCAUACACUUCUAUGACAACCCGAUCCAGUUUGUGGGGCGGUCAGCAUUCCAGCACCUGCCUGGGCUGCACACCCUUUCCCUGAAUGGCGCCACGGACAUCCAGGAGUUCCCGGACCUCAGAGGUACCACCAGCUUGGAGAGCCUGACGCUGACCCGUGCGGGGCUCCAGCGGCUGCCCCCGGGGAUGUGCCAGCAGCUGCCCAGGCUCCGUGUCCUGGAGCUGUCUCACAACCGGAUUGAGGGGCUGCCCAGCCUGCGUGGGUGUCAGAAGCUGGAGGAGAUCGGCCUCCAGCACAACCGCAUCUGGGAAGUCAGAGCCGACACCUUCCGUGAGCUCACCUUCCUGCGAUCCCUGGACCUGAGCUGGAACGCCAUCCGAUCCAUCCACCCUGAGGCCUUCUCGACCCUGCGCUCCCUGGUCAAGUUGGACCUGACGGACAACCAGCUGACCAUGCUGCCCCUGGCCGGGCUGGGGGGCCUGGUGCACCUGAAGCUCCGAGGGAACCGUGCCCUGUCCCAGGCUUUCCCCAAGGACAGCUUCCCCAGGCUGAGGACCCUGGAGGUGCCCUACGCCUACCAGUGCUGCGCCUACAGCGGCUGCCCCGGCUUCCUCACGGCCUCGGGGCCGCGGGGGCCCCAGCACCCUCCCCCCGACACCCAGGACCCUCCCAGGCGGACACUGGCCGACCGGGCCGAGAGCCGCUAUGAUCUGGACCCGGAAGAGCUCCAGCUGGAGAUGGAGGAGCCCAGGCCCCAGCCCGCAGUCCAGUGCAGCCCUGCUCCAGGCCCCUUCCAGCCCUGCGAGCACCUCUUCGAGAGCUGGGGCGUCCGCCUGGCCGUGUGGGCCGUCGUGCUGCUGGCCCUGCUCUGCAACGCGCUGGUGCUGCUGAGCCUCUCCGUGGCCGGGCCCGGCCCGCUGCCCCCGGCCAAGUUCGUGGUGGGGGCCCUUGCAGGUGCCAACGCCCUGACCGGCCUCUCCUGCGGCCUUCUCGCCUCCGUCGAUGCGCUGACCUUCGGCCAGUUUGCCGAGUUCGGCGCGCGCUGGGAGGCAGGCCCGGGCUGCCGGGCGGCGGGCUUCCUGGCAGUGCUGGGCUCCGAGGCAUCCGUGCUGCUGCUGAGCCUGGGUGCGGCGCACUGCAGCGUGGCCGCGGCCUGCGUGCGGGCCCGCGGGAAGGUGCCGGCCGCGGGCAGCGUGCGCGUGGGGGCUCUGGGCUGCCUGGCGCUGGCGGGGCUGCUGGCCGCCCUGCCGCUGGCCUCGGUGGGCGAGUAUGGCGCCUCCCCGCUCUGCCUGCCCCAUGCCCCGCCCACCGGCCGGCCUGCCGCCCUGGGCUUCGCCGUGGCGCUGGUGCUGCUGCAUGCCGCCUGCCUCCUGGCGGCAGCCCUGGCCUGCAUCCAGCUCUCCUGCGGCCUGCCCGCGGCCGGGCUGGAGGCCUCCUGGGACUGUGCGGCCGUGCGCCACGUGGUCUGGCUCACCUUCGCUGACGGGCUGCUCUACUGCCCCGUGGCCUUCCUGAGCCUGGCGUCCGUGCUGGGCCUCCUGCCGGUCACCCCCGAGGCCGUCAAGGCCGUCCUGCUGCUGGUGCUGCCGCUGCCCGCCUGCCUCAACCCCCUGCUCUACCUGCUCUUCAGCCCCCACUCCCGGGAGGACCUGCGGCGCCUCCGGCCCUGCUGGGGGGGCCCGCGGGAGCCGAGCUCCUGCGACUCCACGCAGGCCCUGGUGGCCUUCCCCGACGUGGAGAUCACUGCCGAGGCCUCCGAGACCCAUGGCCUCCCUUCAGGGGCCCUCGUCCCCCGCCAGCAGCCUGGGGCCCUCAAGCUGGAGGGCGGCCAUGUUGCAGAGCCGGAGGGAACCCGGUUUGGGCAGCAGCCGCCCUCCAGGGAUGGUGGACGGGCACAGGGGACCCCAGAGGCCUCGCCAGCAGGCCGGGGCCGGGCGGGCGGCGGGGGCUUCCAGUCGUCCGGCUUGGCCUCAGGUGUCUGAAUGUCCUCCCCCCUCCCGCUCCAUG